AUGGAGCAAAUUUCCCACCCAGGGUUGCCCUUUUGCAACGGCUAUGGCUCGCGUGUACCUCAAGCCAGUCCUUCAAGAGGCGCUUGCCGGUUGCCGCAAGUUGGCAUCCUUGCAGACAGCGGCCUCAAACUCUCAGGAGAAGACUGGCCCUCGACAGGGCGGGGUCCAGACAAGGCGGCAUCUUUCAGCGAAGGUGUCCAAUGGAAUGUGCAGGAGGCUUUGAUUGACGACGUGAAAGCUGAGGGCUGUAGACGCAUUGCGCGGAAGGUUGAUUGGCCAGAGCUGGCGAAAGGGAUUGAUAGGUCGGUUGGGCGAAAGCUACUUUCCCGGUUUAAGGCCAAAGGAGACUCCGUUAAGUACCGAGGGUUAAAGGCCGGUUAA